AUGUCGAUAUCUUUCGUUGUUGCUGCUUUGAGCAUCAUAGCGUCCAGCUAUUGCAUUAACAGACCAGUUUAUAAGAUUGUUCUCACGCAGAAAGGAUUUUCACAGUUUAUUCAAUAUGACAUCGAUACGCCGCCAAUUCGAGAAUUCACAUUUUGCGCUUGGAUUCGAUUUUAUGAUCUCGACAAUGAACAAGGAUUGUUCUCUUACGUAGUAAACGGCAAUCGAAUUAUACGUCUGUGGCUGGACUCCGGAGGUCAAUUUAUGAAAGUUUCAAUAAACGAAAAAGUUGCCACAAAAUUUUCUGUAGACAUUGUACGAGAUGUUUGGAAACAUAUAUGCUUAUCUUAUCAAUCCGAUUAUGGAGCUUGGGCACUAUAUAUCGACGGAAGGCUUGUGACCUGUGAGACAAUGCAAAGUCUCUUUGGUUUCAUUUUGCCUGGAGGUGGAAGUGUAAUAAUUGGAUAUGGCACUAGUCAUGUGAUACCAAGCGGCUUAGAAGGCGAAGUGUUCGGAGUGAAUAUGAUAUUAAGCUCGACAAUAGAAAGGAAUCAUACAUUAAAAAGGGAUCCAUUAUACGAACAAAAACGAUUCCUUCAAAAUAGGGUAAUUGGUAACAAAAAUUUGAAAUAUAUUGUGCUUGGUGAAAUGGAUUCUUAUGAAAUAAAAAACAAUUUUGAAACCACUAAACCACCUUCAUCUCCAAAAACAACAAAAUAUUAUAUACAUUUUGCACUUCCAUACAGCUUUGCUGAAAAUAACAUUCACUUUGAUAAUAUAUCGUCUAGUCCUAAAUCAGCAAUUGAAUCAAAUGAAAGAGAAAUCAUGGAUUUUUCAAUGGUUGAUCCUACAUUAACUACAGAUAAAUCAAAAAUAAAUUUUUGGAGUCUUUUACAUCAAGUUGGAAAAGAAGAAAAAAUUAAAGGAUAUCCAAAAAACAACAUGGAGGUAGAAAGAGAUGCUUCAACUAGUAAUUUAUUUACAACUACUAUACCUAUAUGGGAGACAUCACCUACAGCGCUGCUAAAACGCGGAAAUUACAAAUCAGUAAAACCUAAAAAUCAAAAGUUUCCAUCUUUAUAUGAGUUAGGUGCAAACUUUAAUAAACUAAAUGUAAGUUUAAAUAAUAAACCAAAUAAAGGAAUACUAACCGAUACCCCAUUUGUACCUCCAGACAAUGAAUCAAAUAUGUAUGGGCAAUGGACUAGUUCUAAAUAUGCUGGAAGCGUUUUAAAUUAUCUCAAAAAAAUCAACUAUCGUAAUAGAGAACCCAUUAAAGUACCGGCAAAUGUACCACUUGUUAAAAUAUCAGAUAAUUUCGAGCAUCUUACAGAUUUCAAAGGAUCUAAAGUACAUACACCUCUUAAAUUUCAAAGAAGAAAUUUUGAAGACAAACAGUUUGAUAAACGUGAUGUUGAAGACUCAAGGAAAAUUAAUAAAAUAAUAGAAAAAAAUAUUCAAAUGAAAAAAAAUUAUAAUAAUACAUCGAGUCAUACUGACUUAACUCGUACAAAUGUAACAAAGAAAUUUAACGCAUAUCAUAGAUUUUAUAGAGAUACUGAUAGCCAAACGUCUAGUGAAUAUAAAUUAAGUGCAGGAAUUUAUAAACCUAAGUUAUUUACAAAGUCACCAAAUAAUAAGUUUACAAAAACCUCAUUUAAUUCCGAAGGAAACGAAAAGAGUAAUAUUCUAACAAUUUUGCCUUUUAUAAAAUCAGCUGAAUAUUUGAUGGACGAUUCAAGUAACGUAAAUUCAAAUGAGAUCAAAAAUAAUGAUAUGUUCGCUAGAAGUCUACCUCAAGGAAAUAAAUGGCAUAAUGUGCAAACUUAUAAUAAUGAUUUUACUCCACGUCGUCUUAACCUAGAAAUCGAAGGAUCUAAGAAAAACACCCACAUUUCAGAAGCAAAUAAGAAGCUUCCUUCCGUACGACUUAAGUAUAAGCCUGAUUUACGAAAGUUUAUGACAAGUACAAAAGACGUAACUAUUAUGGAGGGACGUGCACUUGCUAAGCAAGUAUCAAAUCAAUCUAAUAAUCAUGAUUCUAUUUCAAUACGUAAAUACAAUCGUGGAUUCUUACCAAAACAGAAAAGUCGUUCAAAAUCUUCGGAUAAAAUAAACCAAGCUUCUAAAACGAAUUUGAAACAAAGUUUCUCUAAAGGUAAAGAUGAUUUCAACAAAGAAGUCACCUUAAGAAACCUUAUAAACGAACAAUCUAUGGUUAGCCUAAAAACAGAACAAAAUCAUCAAACAAAUUUAGAAGGUGAUGACAAAGCUCAAGAAAUUUAUCAUUUCAGAUCUGAUAAUAGAGGCAAAAAAUUGAAAGCCCGCCCUGCUCUUAAGUUGAAUGUUUGCAAAAACAUUGAGUUAAAUGACAAUGUUUUAUAUGCACAACCCGAUGGUUCCAUUGAUCGGACUCGAAUAGUAUCACCUGUCAAAGAUAUUAAUAUAGGUAUAGAAUUCAUAAUGCAAAACUAUAAAAGAUGUUCCUUACAAGACUCUGCGCUUGAAAAGAAUCCUUUUCUUUUCAUAGAUUGGAACAAAACGCCAGUUAGAUUAUUUGGGGGUGCGUAUCCUAAGAAAACGACAGAUCUAUGUGGUUUCUUUUAA